AUGGAAAAGUAUCUACUUGCGAGUUCUAAUGUUUCAAAUAAAAAGAAAAUGGAAAAUAGUGAGAAAGAAAAUGAUCAAUUAAAUAUGCCACCGGAAAAAAAGAAAAAGUUUGACAAAUAUCAACCAAAAUGGCAAAAGAGUUGUACUUCGUAUAAAACAACUUCUCUGGAUCGCCAUAAAAUGUGUAAAGAACAUUUGCAAACCAUUGAGGCAGAAUCCUGCAAAAAAGAUAUGCAAGUAGCUACGGUAAAUUUAGACAGUAGAAAUAAAUCAUUUUUAAUUUCUUGUUUAAAAAGCGCGCUGUUCGUAGCAGUCAAUGAAUUGCCAAAUUCGCUGUUUGGUAAUCUUCAACAGUUCAUAAAACUCCAAGGAUGUGAUGUUAAAAAUUCCAAAAUAAGAUAUGAACACAGUGAUUCUGUGAAUGAACUUCAUUCAUGCAUUGCUGAGGUGAUUGAGGAUAAUCUUUUGGAAGAAGUGAAACAAGAUGGUAAAGCUGAUACAUUAAUGUUUUCUAUUCAAGAAAUGUUGGAUAAAAAAGGAAUCAACAUUUCGAAAAUGGUUGCGUUGGGCUGCGAUGGUGCGCAAGUUAUGUUGGGAAAAAAUGCAGGCUUGAUUGCUCGUUUGAAAGAGGUAAAUCCCUGUAUAAUUGCAAUACAUUGUACAGCUCACAGACUGGCUCUUGUUAUGCAGGAUGCUGUCAAAAAUUUACAGAGCAUUCGUUCUUAUAGCGAUACAGUCAGAGCAAUAUUCGCAUACUUCAAUGCUUCAGCUGUCCGAUCAGCAAAGUUAGCAGCUGUUCAAAAAUUAGUAAGUGAAACGGUAGUGAAAUAUGUAACAUUUCACUCUAUUCGCUGGUUGUCGCUACAUAAAGCUGUAGAAGUUCUAUAUAAAACUUUGGACUCGCUCAUGGUCUAUUUGGACUCGCAAACGGAGAGAAAUGACCCAACAGCACCUGGACUAUUGAGAUCCGUAAGACAUAUUAGGUUUGUGUACAUAACACACAUUUUGAACGAUAUACUACCAAUACUUACUAAUCUUUCGAAAGCAUUUCAAUCAGAUUCAGCAGAUUUAUCUAUUGUCAUGCCCAAAAUUCAUGCUGCAGGAAUACACUUAGAAAAUUUAAAACACAGUCCAGGCGUGAAUGAAAAGCGAUUCAUUCACAAUAUUAUCAUAAAUGAAGAAAAUGAUAGGGAAGAAAUGGAAGGUGCUAGCGAAGGUUAUUACUCAACGAUUAAUAAAAAGAUAAUUUCAGCUUCCUCACUGGAUCAGCUCACUGCCACUAAAAUAUCAUUAAUAAAUUCAAUUAAAGAAAGUAUGGAUAGAAGAUUCCCAGAAGAAUCUAUGAAUAUUAUUCAAAACUUUAGCGCCUUUGACUCUUUUUUAUUAAAAUCUGCUAACAAUGAAGAGAUGAAAGCAAAAGUGCUAUCGUUAGGAAACCAUUUUGUUACUUACGUAAAUUGCGAAAAACUGAUUGAAGAAUAUGAAGAUGUUUCUGUUAUGCUGAAGCAUAGUUACAAAGAUUUAAACCUAAGUGAAGUGGCAGAACUGUUUCCGCGAAAAUACAAAAAUACAUACCCGAACACAUCAACAUUAAUGGAAAUUUAUUUGGUGAUACCCAUAAGUUCAGCCUCUGUUGAGAGAUCCUUUAGUACCCAAAAUAGAAUCAAAAAUAAGUUUCGAAAUAGACUUGCUCCAAAAACGCUCAGCAAUUUAAUACGCAUAUCUGAUGCAGGUGUAGACUUGGAGAACUUUCCAUAUGAUGUAGCUGCCACUAAAUUUAAUGAACGCAAAAAUAGGCGGUGCUAA